UCUCUCUUCUCUCUUCCUGGCCAUAGAAAUGACUUCUGCAACAACACCUAUUAUGAGGACCUUGUCCAUGGGGGACUCAUGCUUAUCCUCUCUCCCAUCCUUCUUUAUUACCAAAACUAGUAACCCAUUUCUUUCAGUGUCUUCCAAACCCAUCAAGCUCCAUUUCUCAUGCUCUCACUCUUCUGCACUCUUUUCACCCCUUCACUUUCUGAGAAAGAGAACCCAUUCUUCUUCUAUUGUCUCCUUUGUAGCCCAGACGUCAGACUGGGCUCAACAAGAAGAAGACAGCACAGCUACCCUUGAACAAGAAGAGCGAACCACAUGGGAAAAUCAAGAACUGGGUGAGACUGGAGGAAGUAUUUCGGAUUGGGAUACCGAAGAAGGCGAAGACGCAGCCGUCGGGGCCGGUGAGAGUGAAGGAGAGAGUGGUGACGGUGGGAUUUUUAACGACGGAGGAGGUGAGGAGGAAGAGGUUUAUGAACCGCCAGAGGAUGCUAAGAUUUUUGUUGGGAAUUUGCCUUAUGAUGUUGAUAGUGAAAAAUUGGCUAUGUUAUUCGAGAAAGCCGGAAUUGUGGAGAUUGCUGAGGUUAUUUACAAUAGGGAAACUGAUCGUAGUCGAGGAUUUGGUUUCGUGACUAUGAGUACUGUUGAAGAAUCUGAUAAGGCUGUGGAGAUGUUCAACCGUUAUGAGUUAGAUGGAAGGCUGUUGACUGUUAAUAAGGCUGCUCCGAGAGGGACACGUGCAGAACGACCACCUCGUGUCUUUGAACCUGGUUUCAGAAUCUAUGUUGGCAACCUGCCAUGGGAUGUUGAUAAUGCCCAGCUGGAGCAGGUUUUCAGUGAACAUGGUAAAGUAGUAGAGGCUCGGGUUGUUUUUGACAGGGAGACUGGCCGUUCACGUGGUUUUGGCUUCGUCACAAUGUCCAGUGAAACUGAAAUGAAUGAUGCCAUUGCUGCUCUUAAUGGGGAGAGUCUCGAUGGGAGGGCAAUCAGAGUAAAUGUUGCAGAGGAAAGACCAAGGCGCUUUUAACUGGAACUGGGAUGAGUUCAAAGAAGUUGAUUUUGCGUUUCAUUUUCUUAUGUCUGAUGAAUUUAAUGUUUUACUUUUUUUUUUUUUUUUAAAUUAAAUUUUAAGUACGAAAUGAUAUGUCAAUUCGAAUUCUGACUCGGGAAUUUUCUGGGGCAUCAGUGUGAUAUUGUUAUUUAUUGCGGCAAGAAGUGUCAUUAGAAUGAAAUAGUUUUGUAUUUAAUGGGCAUAUAGCCUGAAA